CACAUUUUCACUCAUUCUCAUUCUAAUGUCAUUGCAUUUCUAUUUUUUUUGACUUUCCACAUAUUUUAAAUACGUAUUUCAGUAUCCCAUCACCACAAAUCCAACCCCCCUUUAGUCUUUUUUGUCGCACUCUCUUUCCACAAAACAAAGACAAGUAACGCUUGGCAUUAAACAAAAAAAUAAAAGUGGAAUCAGAUCAUGCCAUCCAGAUUCGAAUCUCAACACCAGACCAAAGCAAUUCCUCUCGUCAGAGUUUCACUUGCGAGUGGACAGCUUCGACAGACUCGACCUCCCAAUAAUAUUGACCGGAGCGUCGGUAAAUACCAGGACGAUCACGAACAGAAUGGUCAGCAGCAACAACAGCAGCAAGAACACUCAUCGUCACCAUAUGAUUCUUUAAACCAGAUCGAUAACAGCGAACGAAGCAAUGAAGUCGCACUAGCGAUUCCUCGCAAUGAGGAUCUGACAGAAGCAGUGUUACAUCUCUCACGAACUUUAGCUCAUACGAAGUCUAUCCCACGCCGCUCACCAAGUUCCUCCUGGCUCUUUAUGAUGAUUUACAACUGGGCUCACACUCAAGGGACUGCAACACGGCUAUACCAUAUCCUCUCGAAACCUAUCACACUUAUCAAGGAAAUUCGGGGACAGAAUGAAAAGGCUCUGAUACAACGAGAAAAGAAGUUUGAAGUCAAGGGUAUUCAUCAAAUUACAGAAGAACUAGAUAUGAUGGAGGCCGAUCCUGAUAUGGUUAAUAGCGCUACUGAAAUGGUCCCUGUCAGUAUGAUGAAUGUCCACAGCGCUUCAAUUAUGAAAGAGUCCCUGCGGCAAGGAAUGGAUGAUAAUGACACGCAGACGACUGAUUCGAGUGAUGACAAUGAUGCAGUAACUUCAAGACAGCCUAAGCGCCAAAUUAAUAAGUAUCCUAAUCCGUUUGGGUCAGGUGUUUCUAGCUCGGAUGAACUAGAGGAUGAUGAAGGCUGGUUUGGUCGUGGAGAGGAUCGAUCUAAGACAGGUCAGACAAAGACCAACUCUGUACGACUUACAUCACCAAAGCUGUUGCAUCAUCAUCAACACAAUCGUCGCAUUCCUGACUUCGCUACGUCCUCACUAGGCCGGGCUAUGGAUCAUCGGCAGUUUGAGCGUGGAGAAGACAUGAGGGACCAGCCCUCAUGUUCUUCUCCCCUCAAUGUAUCCACAAUCUUUAACACCUCGAGAGGCGCUACGUUUAAUAAUCCCUCGCCUACAUUCUCGCGAGCUGGAGGUUUGGUGGAUCCAUGGGUCUCUGUUUCUUCUUCCUCAAGCCCCUCCACCUCAUCAGUAACAUCAUUCUAUUCGAUGGAAAGAUCUUCGCCUACCCCCGCUUCUUUGGAAAACUGGCAAGACCAUGUACAAAUGGGAAUAACAAAAGCCCAAAACGAAUCUAGAGAGAAUAGAUUUACACUGCCCCUUGAAUCCCCACCAUCACCACAGUCUAUGGAUUCCAAUGACUUUGAUUCUCAAUCAUUUCGAACCGCGCCUUCCUUGUAUCUAUCAAACGCAUCAAAUGCUAAGGACAUUCAGCCAACAUUCACCAACACUUCUGUUUUAGGUGACUCAAUACUGUCAUUGUCAUCAUCAUUAUCGUCUAGCAUCCAUACUCAUGAUCAUGUUAUAUCAUGUGAGGAUGGAACUAUGGACUCUGACAGAGAUCACUUCGACUUACUCAAUCUAGAAUAUCAGCAAGAGCUUUUCUUGGUCAAUGGCUCGGGAAGCAACACAGUAGUGAAUACAGAUAAUAGUUCUAUAUUCUCAACCACUCCUAUAACUGAUGCGGCUGUAACACCAGUGGUGCCAAAUAUUCAAGCUUCAAUAACUUCACUCCGAGAACGCUUCUUAUGCACUCAUCCUUCGGCAGUAAAAGUCCGCAAGCGAUACGAACAGAAACGAUACCACCCAAGUCGCAUCCAUCCAGCUGAUAAGCAUGUCCUGCCACCAAAUCCGGAACAAUUACCAUUGCAGGAAAGAGUCAAGUUGUAUCUUACUCAAUUCCACAUGUCCGACAUUCGAAGGGCCAUAGUUGAGUCUGUAAAAACUAAAGCAGAGCUAGGGGCGACGAUCUCCCGAUUUGUUAUCAGAUUGAAGAUUGAUCCUAUAGAGCUUUUAGACUUUUGUUCCAGUCUUGGAAAUGACUUUUUAACUGACCCGGAUUCUAUCGAGCCUAUUUUUCAUUUAAUCUGUUGGCAAAUCCUACAACAAAUACUCGGGGAUAACUAUCCACUCUUGUCUGAGCAAGUACAUUUGUGCAUGCGCCUCGAGCACCUCCCUAAAGCUUUUCAGAAAUGUAACUUAUCCAGCAUUACGACUGCUUUAGAACAGACCCGCGAUAAUAUUGGAUACGACAACAAUAGCUUUAAUGGGUUUGUCGCAGUCACUGGCAUCAUAACGUCCAUAUUCCUUGUGGAGUAUGUAAUAUUUUCACAAACUUUCAAGUGUCAGAAUCCAAAAUGCAACAACAGGAACCAUCUUCAUUAUUCUCCUUAUUCCAAAGAAUAUCGCGUUAUCAAACGAACGGCGGAUGAUGGUUUCAUGGAGACAGGAACAAAUGCGACCCUAUUACAGAUUGACCUCGCUUGCAGCCAUUGUGGUAAAACAAUGCCCGAGUCAGUACCUGAUCGUGUAUAUAUUAGGCACCAAACCAUUUCUCUUGACUGCCUAGGCGCUAAGGAGUCUGGGGGAUGCUUUACCAACCAAAUCACGACACUUUUGAAGGAUGACUUAGCAGAAACAGUCUCUUUAGGCGAAACUGUCCAGAUUGUAGGAAGAAUAUCGCGGACUGGCCCAAAGGAGACAGAGACAUAUGUGCACGGUGUUCAUUUUGAGGUUAACAAUAUCUUCCGAGUAGCAGAUCAAGGACCAGCGGGAAUCCCGGACCGGUUUGCUACUAUCAUUAAUAUGGUCAACAAUAGCUAUGACACCGCAAUCCCAGCACUUGUAGCUAGUAUUGCCUCAAGCAAAAGACUAUGGAAUACAAACCGCAGGCAUGCUUUCUGGAACCAUGGUGAGACUGCAGCAAGGAACCCACUCUACUCGAUACGACAGCCGACGGAAAAGUGUUCAGGCAGUAUCCAGUCAACUGUGCUCAGCACUGCAAAGAAUGGGAUUCUACUCUUUGAUCUGGAUCGAUUGGAUAAGAAAACUAUCAACCACGUUGCACCGAUCCUUGAAUCCACAGAUGGAAAUGACAUUUUCAUUCAAUACAAGGACUGCAUCCAAGCGCUUAAUGCAACCUGUUGUUGCUGGGCAACUUACACUCGCAUCAAUAUUGGCACUCCAUGCAGGCUCAACAAGAAUGAAAUGGACCAGGGUGAAACAACGCGAGGCUUGGUGCGAAAAGUACCUUUCAUUGACGCUUUCGACAUGGUAAUUCUGCAGGAUGAAGUCGAAGGAAUUUCGAAGACGUCUCAGUUGGUUGCUGCACAUACUAUUCAAAAGCAAUUUUUUAGCGUAGAAGAUCAGGAGCGUAAACAAAAGUCUCUAGAAGAGUUGCAACAGGCAUGGUUCAACAAAUUGAUGCGCUCGAAAAACUCAGGGUUAGACAAAAUUGAGUUGUCCAGUAUCUCCACCAUGUCAACUCUGCUGAAGCUGGCUUCCUGCCAUGCCAAGCUCUGUUUCCGCUCAGUGGCUUCUAGAGAUGAUGCACUGGUCAGCAUCAUGAUGAUAGAAGAGACACUAGCGGCGCGCUUUGGAACUUCACGGUUAGGAUUUGUUCCUUUAAUGGAUGGCAAAGAGAAUGUCACACGUCUAUAUGGUCAAUCACAAGCCCUCGAUAGAAAUCCCACCGUAUCCGUUGUUCCCUUGUUGUCUUCUAUGGAGGAUGAUAUGGACAUAGACAUGCAAGUGGUUGAUUUCAGCGUUCCUAUCACCAUUGAAGAGGAGAGGAAUAUGGUCAUUGAGCGCAUGUGA